CUCCCUCCCCAGUUCUUCUUGUCUGCCCGCCCGCUUGGUUUCCGCCAAUCAGCGCCCGCCCGCGCCGGUUCUUUCGGGCAGGGCGGGGCCGGGAGAAGAGGAAGGGCAAGGAAGGAGGGAGGAGGGGAGAAAAAGUUUAUUGAAGACUCAGAGCAGCGAAACGGCGGCUGGAACUCUGAGGCGCGAGGACCCCCGCGCCCCCUCCCUCGCAUAAGUGUCAGGUCACUAGAGAAAAGAAUAUGGCUCAAGAAACCAACCAUAGCCAAGUGCCUAUGCUUUGUACUACUGGGUGCGGAUUUUACGGAAACCCUCGUACGAAUGGCAUGUGUUCGGUAUGCUAUAAAGAGCAUCUUCAACGGCAGAAUGGUAGUAAUGGUAGAAUUAGCCCACCAGCAACUUCUGUUAGUAGCCUAGCCGAGUCUUUACCAGUUCAGUGCACUGAAGGCAGCAUCCAGGAAACUUCAUCAACACUAGACUCUACAUCUGUACCACCUAUGCAGCCAAGCCCUGUCUCAAGCCCGUCAUCGCUCUUAGCAGAAUCUGUAGCAACAUGUGAAGUGGAAAGUACGGGCAUAGAAGACAAAACAGGACCUGAAAGAGAAGAUGUGCAAGAACCAACUUCAGUGGACCUUGCCGAAACAAUUUCAAUAGACAGUACCGGAGAGGAAUUGUCGAUGGAUAACUCAGAUUUACCUGACACUACCAGGGGCUCAGAAACAGAGUGUGAUUAUGAUGCAAGCAUAGAAACUAAUAUAGAUGAUCCCGAUUUCCUGGACGAGAGCUCGAGAGGGAAAACGACGAGGCGCGAUACAGAUUUAACACUAAACACAGUAGCUUCAGCAUCAGAUAGUGCAGAGCCAUCCUCUGAAGAACAAGAGAAGGCACUCGACAAACCAAAACAGAAAAAAACGCGCUGCUUCAUGUGCCGGAAGAAGGUUGGCCUUACUGGGUUUGAAUGCAGGUGCGGAAAUGUUUAUUGCGGCGUACACCGUUACUCAGACGUCCACAGUUGUUCUUACAAUUACAAAGCUGACGCCGCUGAGAAAAUCAGAAAAGAGAAUCCUGUAGUUGUUGGGGAAAAGAUCCAGAAGAUUUGAACUGCUACUCUAGCUGGGAUAUUAAAAUUUUUGACCAUCUGCAGAUGAAAUUGACUUGAGCUUCUUCCCCUCUUCUCCCCCCACCCCACCUUUAGUCAUGCCGAAUCAUGCAUGUCAUCAGAAAACAUAGAUCCUCCCCUUUUUUAGAACACGACUAAACACUUAACUUUAUUGCAGGUUCUCUCUCUCCCCCCCCCCCCGGGUUCCUCUUACAGCUGAAGAGUUAAGUGAACUUUACACUUGUGAGAUUCGCUAUGAGUCCCUGUGGGGCUCUUGAAUGAAUACCAUGGCUUUACAAGUAUUAUCCUUUUUAAAAUAUUUUUUUUAUUUUAGUCGAGUGCAGAGGGCUUUUUAUAAUACCAACACAGAGAUAUAUUGGAGGGCAUCAGCGCUUUUUUUUUCCUGUUGUACUAAAACAUGCAUGCAUUAACCUGGCUGUUUUGUUUUGGGUUUUUUGUAUAUAGCUUUUCUUUUCUCUUUUUGCAGCACGAUUUCCCUUUUUUUUGAUAACGCCUCGUACAGCACAACUAGCAAUCAGUAACUGAAUGUAUUUUAAUCAUUAUGGCUGCUUGUGUUUUUUUUUCCGUUCCCCCCCCCCAUUAACAAAGGUUUAUACAUACAUUAGCAUAAUAGCUUGUUUGCACCCACUUCCUAUUUAUGUAUGAAUCAUUUGUAAUGAGUGUGUGUAUGAGAGAGAGUGUGUGUGAGAGCACUGAGAUUCUGACGUUUGUGUGGGUCCCCCCCCCUUUUCAAAGAUAACUUCUAGGAUUUUUUUCCUCCUGUGUGUGUGUGCCAGGAUGCGUGGGGGGGGGAGCAGAUUCUCUGCACUUCAUUGCUGACUGCAGGUUUUCUUGGGGGAUUUAUGUUAUUGGGUCCUUUAUGUACACCAAUAUGAAGAAUGAUGAAGUUUUAACUGUAUUGUAUUUAUGUUCAUCCACGUCUUUAACUUUGAUUAAAAUAAAAUUUUUAAAAACUGG